AUGAAGCGGCAGAAUGUGCGCACGUUGGCGCUCAUCGUGUGCACCUUCACCUACCUGCUGGUGGGCGCCGCGGUGUUCGACGCGCUGGAGUCGGAGCCGGAGAUGAUCGAGCGGCAGCGGCUGGAGCUGCGGCAGCUGGAGCUGCGGGCGCGCUACAACCUCAGCGAGGGCGGCUACGAGGAGCUGGAGCGCGUCGUGCUGCGCCUCAAGCCUCACAAGGCCGGCGUGCAGUGGCGCUUCGCCGGUUCCUUCUACUUCGCCAUCACCGUCAUCACCACCAUCGGCUAUGGCCACGCAGCACCCAGCACAGAUGGUGGCAAGGUGUUCUGCAUGUUCUACGCGCUGCUGGGAAUCCCGCUCACACUCGUCAUGUUCCAGAGCCUAGGUGAGCGCAUCAAUACCUUGGUGAGGUACCUGCUGCAUCGUGCCAAGAGGGGGCUGGGCAUGCGGCACGCCGAGGUGUCCAUGGCCAACAUGGUGCUCAUCGGCUUCGUGUCGUGCAUCAGCACGCUGUGCAUUGGCGCCGCUGCCUUCUCCUACUACGAGCGCUGGACCUUCUUCCAGGCCUAUUACUACUGCUUCAUCACGCUCACCACCAUCGGCUUCGGCGACUACGUGGCGCUGCAGAAGGACCAAGCGCUGCAGACGCAGCCACAGUAUGUGGCCUUCAGCUUCGUGUACAUCCUCACGGGCCUCACGGUCAUCGGCGCCUUCCUCAACCUUGUGGUGCUGCGAUUCAUGACCAUGAACGCCGAGGACGAGAAGCGUGACGCGGAGCACCGCGCCCUGCUCACGCACAACGGCCAGGCGGGUGGCCUGGGUGGCCUGAGCUGCCUGAGCGGUAGCCUGAGCGACAGCGUGCGUCCCCGCGACCCAGUUAUGUGCCCUGCGGCCGCGGGCGGCAUGGGUGUGGGCGUGGGUGGCAGCGGCUUCCGCAAUGUCUACGCUGAGGUGCUGCACUUCCAGUCCAUGUGCUCAUGUCUGUGGUACAAGAGCCGGGAGAAGCUGCAGUACUCCAUCCCUAUGAUCAUCCCGCGGGACCUCUCCACGUCUGACACAUGCGUGGAGCACAGCCACUCGUCGCCUGGAGGCGGUGGCCGCUACAGCGACACGCCCUCGCACCCUUGCCUGUGCAGCGGGACGCAGCGUUCGGCCAUCAGCUCGGUGUCCACGGGCCUGCACAGCCUGGCUACCUUCCGUGGCCUCAUGAAGCGCAGAAGCUCGGUGUGAACCACAGCCAGGCCUGGAGCACCUGUGAGCCAGCGGGGUGGAGGUCCUGCCUGUAGAAGCCGCAGGAGUUGACUGGGAGGCCUCCCCCAAAAGACGCCUUUGGGCCCCGUGGGAAGUCCCCAGUCCACCACUACCACCUCUAUUCUUCCCCAGCCCCUAAUUUCCAACUGUGCGGGCUUGUACCAGCCAACAGGAGGUCGGGCUCUGAGGACCCCUGGAGCCCCUUUCCGAGCCCAACGAAUUCCGAGAAAUGUGAAACUUGGGAGGUGGGGAAGGCAGCCACUGGGAAUCUUUCAGAAAUCUGAGAAGCUCCCCAGUCCUCAGAGGCCCUGCUGGAACCCAGAACCCUUACCUCCCAAGGGGACUUCUGUUCUCGGUUUUUUGUUUUUUGUUUUC